UUCCCUCCACUUUGCUAAUUCUUAGUCUCCACUCACUCACUGUCCAAAUUAAACCCUAUUCAAAUUAAACCUUAUUUUCGUAAGGGCUUCCUCUUCUGGACUCCAUCACCACUGAUUGCGAAACACCGUCCAUCGUCAAUCGCACACCGUCUCAUGGCCAUCGGCUUACCACCGUGCUCGUCGCACCGUCAUCACUUCCGGUGGUCGUCGUGCUGUCAUCACUUCCCGUUGUCGUCGCGUGAUUCACCCCCGUUGUCGCGCUGUAUCAGUUCACCUUCGUCGUCGCCUCGUGGUCAGUUCUCGUCGUCGUCGCGCCAUCAUCGGUUCACUUUCGUCGUCGCGCCAUCAUCGGUUCACUUUCGUCAUCGCGCAGUUCUCUGGCUACAUUUCAAACUUCCAUUGAAAAUUCAAAUGAGUCAUUGGAAGAAACAUUUGAAUCUUUGCUUGGGAAAGCCUGGUCGAGUGCGUUGCUAUGGAAGGACUAUGACACCUACCAUGUUCAAGAGAAAUGAAAACAUUGCUUCUAUAAAAAAAGAAUGUGAAGCUAAAAUGAGUAGCAUGCAAGAAGAAAUGAAUGGUAUGAAGGCAAUGAUGAAAUUCAUGCUCAAGCAACAAAAUCCAGAAUUAGAUGAUGAUGAUGAUGAUGAUAUAAAUGAAUUGAUGACACAUCUUUUGGGCAAAGAAAGUAAUGCAGUUGGACCUCAUUCAUCUGCAUCAACAUAUAAUCCUAAUUCAAAUGAUUAUCAAGUACAGGAUGUUGGUGAAGAUCAAGAGGAUGAAGAAUGAUAAAAAAUCCAAAUGGUAUAUGAAGAUGAAGAGGAAUGAAAGUGCAAGAAAAAUUGUACUUUUUCUUUUUUGGAGAACAUAAUACUUUUUAAUUAGUUGUAAACAUUUUUCCUUAUGGAAUUGUACACAAUCUUACAAUAUAAUUUUGCAAUAUAUGAAAAUUUUCAA